GGGGAGCAAGCAGCCUAGAGUUGCCAAUUUGAGUUGGCUGUAUUCCUGAAGAUUUCAUCACAUGAGAACAGUGAAGUCCCUAUUGGAUUUUAUGGAGUCUCUGGCUCUUCUCCCUUCCCAGAGUUAAAACUCUGCUUGGGAGUUAUGUUGGACCCCAUGGCUGGAGAUAUCGUUAUCAACUCCGAUAGGAAGAGCUGUUUUGUCACUGAGCAAACCUUUGCUUUCCUGAAAGUGACCAUAUGGAGCCUAUACCAGGCCUUGAGCAAACAGUGGAAUCUCCCCUUGGCAAAGUCAGGACUUCACAAACUUUCAUAAAUAGGGGCCAGGGAACUUCUGCUCUCCGUGGGGCGUAUGGAGCAACGUCAAAGCAGGAUGGGGGCCAUGAGGCCAGUGCUGGCUUUGCUGUCCCUGACCUACCUGCUGCGCACAGCUGCCACCCUGAGAAUCUGCGCUUUCAACAUCAGGAGUUUUGGAGACAGCAAGCUGUCCAAUGAGACCAUUGCAGGCAUCAUCGUGAACAUCGUGCAGACAUACGACGUCGCUGUGGUGCAGGAGGUCCGUGACUCUGAUGGGAGUGCUGUCAGGAAACUGAUGGACCAGCUCAACAGGGCAUCUCUGCAGCCAUACAGCUACGUGGUCAGCGAGCCCCUGGGCCGGAACUCCUACAAGGAGCAGUAUCUCUUUGUGUACAGGACGGGUGUGGUGUCGGUGGUGGACAGUUACUACUAUGAUGAUGGCUGUGAGCCCUGCGGGAACGACACUUUCAGCAGGGAGCCCUUCAUUGUGAAGUUCUCCUCCCCCUACACAGAGGUGCAGGAGUUUGUGCUGGUACCCCUGCAUACGCCCCCCAGCGAGGCUGUGGCAGAGAUUGAUGCCCUCUAUGAUGUCUACUUAGAUGUCAUCGACAAGUGGGGGACUGACAACAUCGUCUUCCUGGGAGACUUCAACGCCGACUGCUCCUACGUCAGGCCGCAGGACUGGCCUUCCAUCCGCCUGCGCACCAACGACGCCUUCCAGUGGCUCAUCCCGGACAGUGCAGACACCACCGUGUCGUACACAAACUGCGCCUACGAUCGGAUCGUGGUGAGUGGCUCUGAGCUGCAGCGUGGUAUGGUGGCCGGAUCUGCCAAAGUCAACAACUUCCAGGAGACUUUCCACCUGCAGCGCGAGGAUGCGCUGGCUGUGAGUGAUCAUUUCCCGGUGGAAGUGACUCUGAAGACUCGGUGAGGCUCGCCUGCUCCUGCCUUGCUCCAUCCCCCGCUAAGCCAGGAGACGUAGCAAAGCAAUUUCUACCGCAUUCAUAUUCCCUUUGGCUGCUGCUGGCUGCAGCGCCAA